AUGAUUGCUAUUCAAGGCCAAAGUCAGUCCACAAGAGCAUCUGAACAACAAUUGGCGAAUCAGUUUUCUAAGGAAGGUUGGAUCUGUAAUCGUGGAGUUGCUGGGAAUAAAAAAUCGUUUGAUGUAAGCCAGUCAUUUGUGCACUGCUUUUGUCCACCAAGUUAUUACGGAAAUCGGUGCGAAUUCAUGAGUGAUCGACUAACUGUGUUCAUUAGCUUUAAAAAUCAGACCAAUGGUUCAUCAACAGGUGUCAUCAAAAUAUUAGCUCUACUCGUUGUUCUGAUCAAUCAUACAUCAACAGUUCUCGAUCGUCAUGAAGUUCAUUUUACAUCAACACUUGAUAAUUAUAAAGAAAAACAGAAAUUCUAUUUUAUCUAUCCUCGACCUCAUCAAUUACGAUCAAAUACACAUAAUUAUACAGUUCGCUUUGAAGCAUAUCAAUUGCAUGAAAAUGAGAGCAUUGAAUUUCUAGCUGUUUGGAUCUAUCCAGUUUCAUUUAAUUUUUUACCAUCACAACGUCUUGCUAAAGUGUUAAAAUAUACUCAACAAUCACAACUGGCACUAAAUCAUACGUGCUUUACAAGAUACAAUCCAUGCUUGAAUGAAGGCAGGUGUCAUCCGAUUAUGAAUAAGUUGAACGAAAUUCAUUCAUAUUGGUGUGAAUGUGGAAAUAAUUCGUAUGGUUCUCAUUGUGAAUUCAAAGAUCAAUCCUGUUUUAUCAGUUCAACUAAAUUCAACUAUUGUUCUCCUACGUCUUUAUGUCGCCCGCAAUAUGAUCAUUAUGGACAGAAGCCACUGUGUAUAUGUUCAAUGAAUUCAUAUGGUUCACGUUGUUUUAUGGAUCGACAAUGUCAGAUGAAAAUCGGCCAAAAUUCAUGUCAAAAUGGUGCAAUAUGCUUCACCAAAUAUCAACAUUAUAAUUUGAUUGAUGCUUACAUCUGCCAAUGCCCAAAGUCUUAUUUCGGUCCGACUUGUCAACAUCGUUCAGGUGCAAUCGAAAUUAGCUAUGAUAAUGAAAAUCAGUCAGUUACUUUAUCUGGCGACCAAAUUAGUGCAACGGUAAUACAGCUAUUCGAUAUUAGUGAUCGUGAAGAAUUGAAUUUAAAAAAACAAGUCCUUUACAAAGAUAGUUUACCAUCGCGUUUAUUAAUUACUUCUGAGAGUGUGAUUCAUCCAGUGUUUGGUUUAAUUAACUUAUAUACCAAUCAAUCAACCAUUCAGUAUCAUCUAUUAUAUACUAGUUCAACUGCAGGAUCAUCAUUGAAUCUGACUCUCAGAUUUACGAAAAAGAAUUAUUGUCCACAUUCACAUGACAUCUUCAAUUUACGUAAUGAAACAUAUAAAAUUCGAAACGUUGUCGCCAAGUAUCACACAUUAUGCGACAAUACUACGUCUAAAAGUUCACCAUUAUUAUGUUUUGUUGAUGAUGAUUAUUUCUGUCUAUGUGAUAUAAACAAUACUGCUCAGUGUUUUCUUUACAAUAAAAAAUUCGAUCAAUGUAAACAAUGUUUGGCACAAGGACAAUGCAUUAAAGGUGAUAUAGAUACACCAAGUGAUUAUUUAUGUUUAUGUCCUCGAUGCCAUUUCGGUUCAAAAUGUCAACAUAAUACAAAGUUGUUCAGUUUCAAUUUGGACUCUCUUAUUAGUCCUGAUUUGUUGUCAUCAUCACUCGUCAAACAAAAACUAUCUUUAAGAAAAUGGUGUGUAACACAACUGAGUCGGCCUCUUCAAAUCUAUAAUCAAACAAAUACAAUGAUUCAUUAUUUAACUCCUUUUCUGGUGAAUCUCAUUUGUACAAUCGUACUUUUGAUUCUUAUUGCUCGUAGUCGUGCAAAUGUAGAUAAAAAUAAAUCUCGCUGGAAAAUAUUUCAGGAACAAUUCAAGAAAAAGAAGGAUAUGUUCAUUCCAUCAAUGAUACACAUUAUUAGUGCUUUACCUCAUCUCAUUAUUUCUUUUUCACUGGCCUGUAGUGAUCUUGAUACAAAAUGGCAACGCUAUAUGCUUAUCAUAUCGUAUUUUGCUGCUUACGUACCACAAUGUUUAAGCUUUCAUCUUUAUGUUCAACCGUCACAACUCUUUCUACGAGAAUUUCAUGCGACUAAGAUGUGGAAGACACUGGCACGAUCACGAAACACAGUAAAUUGA